AGCGCAGCCUCAGACGCCCGGCGACCGGUGAUCCGAGCAGACGCACCCAGUAUUAGGCCUGGGAUCAGUCCGAUCCGUCGAAACGAUUUCGAAUCCGUGGAAGUUCAAGAAUGAAGAGCUAAGACAACAAGUCGAGGAAGCACAUAAGGACACCACAUAUAAUGAAAGCCAGCCCACCUCCCCCUGCUUUUCAAGUGUGAAACCGAAGUGAACCCGUUGCCGUAGUCAAAAGAAAACCGAUACCGGUAUUAUGUUCUCGCUGCUGCUGCACCACCCGCUCGUCUGCCGCUGCUGUCUGCUGGAGCAGCCGCCGCUCUACCACAGCCUCCAUGACGCCUCCAGCCGCCUGGCCGAGGAGCUGAAGGCCCUGGCCCCCGCCCUGCUCCUCCACCCCGGCGACAACCUCACCGACGUGAUCUGCGACCUCUGUCUGCGCCGCCUGCACGACGCCCGCGACUUCCAGCGGCGGUGCGAGCACUCCGAGCAGGUGCUCCGCUCCCGGCACGAGCAGUGGAAGCACACGGUGGCCGUGGGCGACGCCCUGGCCCUGGACGAUGUCCUCGAGUGCCUCGAGCGGGAGGUGGGCAGCCUGGAGGGACCGGGGACGUCCGAGCCUCAGCAGCCCGGCAAACCGGUGGCCUAUGUGGCGCCGCUUAUGGAGACCGUGGACUUUGAAAGCCUGGAGUUCCAAGAGAGCCCGUGCAGUGACUUCCGGAUCCCCACGUACUGGGAGUCGCCUUUGGACACGGGCAGCCUGAACACCCCGCCGCACCAGCCGGAGACCGCCGAGCCCUUCGAAGUCGCUCUGCCGGAGCUGCCCACGCCGCCGGAAUCGCCCGAGGAGCCAGCCCCGAAGCCCGCGGAGAAGCCGAAGAGGCGGAGGACCAAGCCGCGUCCGGACAUCCAGAAGGCGAAGCCCAAGCCGAAGCCGAAGACGGAGCGGACGGCCAACACCCCGCGAUCCUUGCACCCGUGCGCGGAGUGCGAGAAGAAGUUCACCCGCAACUUCCAGCUGAAGCUGCACAUGAUCGCCGUGCACGGGGUGGGCGAGAUGCGGUACCAGUGCGAGGAGUGCGGCAAGAGCUUCGCCUCGCGGCACAGCCUGCGGUACCACGUGAAGUCGGUGCACUCGACGGAGCGGCCCUUCGGCUGCCAGCACUGCGACCGGCGCUUCGUGCUGCGUACCCAGCUGCUCUCCCACCUGCGCACCCACACCGGCGAGGCCAAGCCGCGCAUCUUCGCCUGCCAGCGCUGCUCGAAGACGUGGCCGACCAAGUCGGACCUGCGCACCCACAUGCGCUCGCACAACCCCAACAUGGAGCGGCCCUUCAAGUGCGACCGCUGCUCGAAGGCCUUCUUCACCCGCGGCCACCUCAGCUCCCAUCUGCUGGUGCACACCGGCGAGAAGCCGUUCGCCUGCGAGUACUGCGACAAGUGCUACCAGAGCGUCGGCAACCUGAACAACCACAUGGUGCGCCAGCACGCGGACAUCAUCGAAGCCCAGCUGGAGUCCUCGUCGGAGGCCGUCGAGAGCUGAGCUCCACCCGCUGGCUGCACUGGCUGCAUCCGGAUGGCGCGUCCUGGCGAGAGGCUGCACCAAGUAUUACGGCGCCGGCGCUCGCCGAGUUGAUGGUCUAAAUUUCCGUUUAACAUUAAAUAUAAUAUAUGUAAUGCUUAAGAUAAGGAAUCUUAAUCGUAACCUUAGAUGUAGGUAGCCGUACACCCAUCGUAUUGUCAUCAAAUUUAUUUUAGAUUUCUCUAAUUCAGUAAUAAAGGUGAUUAUAAAUAUUAGAAGUAAA